UGUGAGCUUCCUGUGCUUCCCCUGUUGUCAAGUAAAAACAUGGACCAGUACAGAAUACUUGAACGCUUGGGCAAAGGAGGACAGGGAUCUGUGUAUUUGGUGGAAAACCGAAUAGAGUGCAAAAAAUAUGUCCUGAAAAAGGUGGAAUGUAAAGAUGAAGGGGAAGCAAACAAUGCUUUCAGAGAGGCAUCAACGCUAAAGGGUCUACAGCAUCCAUAUGUCUGUGGUUUCAAGGAAUUUUUUGUCGCAUGGGAUAAAGAGGACUCGGCAAUAUACUUCUGCAUGAUCAUUGAACAUUACCCACAAGGGGAUUUAUCUUCUGUGCUGAGAAUGAAGAGGAAUAAACGUGAAACUGUCGAUGAGACUCUACUAAAGAAAUGGCUGGGUCAAAUGGUAGAUGCUCUUCUGUAUGUUCACAGGAAAGGCAUUGUCCACAGGGAUAUCAAGCCCAGCAACCUUUUCCUGAAGGAUUCAAUGGACUUGUGCCUGGGGGAUUUUGGGGUUGCCACAGUCAUGAAUGAUGCCAGGUCUAACACAAGAGCUGUGGUUGGCACACUGACGUACCUGGCCCCUGAGCUGUGUGUCGAUGAGACGUCUGACUGGUACAGUGAGCAGAGUGACCUGUGGUCAGUUGGCUGUGUCCUGUUAGAACUGACCACAUGUUCUCUCCUUGACCAGCAGCAGGUACUCAGUCACCUCACUGACCUCAGGUCUCAGGAGUCCAUGGUCCUGGACAACCUGCAGAAGGAUGUCACAGAGUUGUACAACCCAGAAUUGAUGUCUGUGUUACGCUUACUACUGAACAGAGACCCAAGACAAAGACCAGUUGUCAGUAAGCUUCUGUCCGUCCAGUACAUCAGAGACUGUGUGGAUAUGGUGGACACCAAUCUGAUAGACAAGAGAAAGAAACAGGCCUCAGCCGGCCUUAACAGAAACCCCAUGCCCAGAGGCCAGGGAGUGGCUGCCGUGCUGAGCUACUUACGGACUGUACUGAACAACAAGGACAAAGUACGAGACAGCCUGGAGUAUCUGCUGGAGCUAAGCAUGGAGGACCGGAUUAGCGUGGACCCCGUUAGCAAACUGCUCACCACAGAAGCCAUGGUGAACAACUUGACGGAGAGAGACGUACAGCUGGCAGGCUUAGGACUCUUCAACAGGCUUGUUAUCACAGCUGAAGCUGGUGAUAUUAUUUUCUCUGAAGAUAUUGUAUCUGCUAUACCUAAAAUAAUCCAGGCACACGCAGACUGUCCAGAACUACAGCAGAGUGGCUCAGAUUUACUAAUGGCGCUCUCUGCACAUGAAAAAGCAGCAGAGAUGAUAGGGAUACAGGGAGGAGUGAAACAUUUACUGACUGCUCUCCGGUCGUUCGGCGACAACGCAGAGUUAUGUGCUUCCUGCUGCAAUGCCUUGUGGAGUUUAUCCGUUGUUGAGAGUAACAGUAAGCGGUUAUCAGAUCUCUCUGGGCUAGAGAUUGUAUGUCAGACCCUGAGGACACACAUGAACAGUUCAGAUGUGGUGGAAGCUACAGCAGCUUGUCUUCUCUCUCUCUCCAUGGAAGAUGACUCCUUACGCUAUAUUGGUGAACUGGAGACUGUGACCUUGUUGGUACGAGCUGUAGACGCCCACGCCAACAACGCCAAAGUGGUGAAGAACAGCUGCCUGGCUCUGGCCAGCUUUGUGGAACUCGAUGAGGAGAGUGCCUUCAAGGUUCUGGCCUAUGAGAGUCGGCGCAGUCAGGAGGUGGCCGGACUCCCCAUUCUUGUUGGCGCUUAUAAUGUCCACAAAGAUAACGCGGAAGUGGUGGAGGCCAUUUGUACUGUACUGAUGGAACUGGCUAUGUAUGACGAAAUCAAAGCUGAAAUGAACUUCUUAAAAUUUGGCCAAACCAUGUUGGCUGAGAUUCAGAAACGUUUUAAGGAGAACAAGGACAUCAUGGGCCCAUGUGAAGCAACAAUCCAAGCUCUGGGCCCCUCUCCGGCAGGAAAAAAUGUUUCUUUGACAUCACUAGCCUUCCCUGAGGAGCUGACCAAAGCCAAAGCAGCCACAGCUGUCCAAUGAGCUACAUGAGCUUUAUUCAAAUCCACCAAUGGGAAUGCUUAUAAUCUUAUUAAUUUGAAUAUUGUGGUUUUUCAUACUCUGUCUUCAUGUAUGUGUGAAAGAUAUUAUUCCAAGUUAAACAAGUAAUGUGACAAAAACUGGAAACAGCUGACAUAUUUCAGAGGGAAGAAUCUUUUAUGUUUUACAUAUUGCUCAUAACAUCACAACGUACUUGUACAUCUAUCAGCAAUCAAAUAUGCUGAAUCAAAUACGCUCACAGAGAUUUACGUGUACAUGUAUAUGUACCUAGAAAGUGACAAAUUGACUAAAAAAAAAAUAGGCCAGAACAUUUUUCUCUUGCCACUUUGCAGACAGUCACUUCAGACAUACCCUAAUUCCUCAACCUUUUCACAUAUGAAAGAGUAACUUUCAGUGCACGUUAUGCACAUUGAAUUUGGAUAUAAAACUACAUUGGUUGGAUUGGUCAGUGUCAGGGCUUCAUAUGAGUCAACACAGAAAAAUGCCUUUAGAAUAUGCUUGAAUAAACACCUUUGCAAGCAUGGGGAAAGGUUGAAGAAUUACAGUAAUUUUAAAUUCUGAGGCUGUCUUGGCCCAUUCUGAGUAAAUGAUUAUCGGUAAACAGGUAGCCACUUUAAGUGAUACACUUUUCUGAUUGUCAGAAGUGGCCACAGGUAAUAUAAGCGCUUCGCAUCGACUCUGGAGCCACACACAAAUGUGGUGACUGAGUUAAAGUCAAACUCACACUGGCUCGCUUUCUGGUCAUUCGUGGGAAGGUCUGCCAGCAGCCUGUGGGAUCUCUAGAGGUUAACUGUUAUACAUAUGUACUUGUAAAUGAUGAAGGUGAUGCUGCAGACCAUGUAUUACAGCCAUGGAAUACAUCGAAUUGAGCAAAAAGUGAUAUGUAUGAAAUUAUUCAACCAGCAGUUACACUACAUAAAUUUGGAGGCUUGAGGCUGCCUCAAUGAAACUGAAACUGAGCAUGAAACUGUUCAACCAGCAGUUAGACUACUUAAAUUUGGAGGCUUGAGGCUGUCUCAGUGAAACUGAAACUGAGUAUGAAAUUAUUCAACCAGCAGUUACACUACAUAAAUUUGGAGGCUUGAGGCUGCCUCAAUGAAACUGAAACUGAGUAUGAAAUUAUUCAACCAGCAGUUACACUACAUAAAUUUGGAGGCUUGAGGCUGCCUCAAUGAAACUGAAACUGAGCAUGAAACUGUUCAACCAGCAGUUACACUACAUAAAUUUGGAGGCUUGAGGCUGCCUCAGUGAAACUGAAACUGAGUAUGAAACUGUUCAACCAGCAGUUACACUAGAACAGUUUGGUUUAGUUCACUGUUUUCGUCCAUGUGAACAGAAAGGGAAAUUGCUGGGUUAGAUGCAUACUAAUACCCGCUGUGACAGGUGGAAUUUUGUGCAGCCCGGUGGCCAAUGAAACAAUAGAUCUACUGAUUGGACUACUAGGAAUGCUAGCGGUGUGAAGACAAGCAGUCAUAAAUUAGUGAACUGUUGAACAGUGUUUUGUAGUUUGGCAAUUUCAUGCUAAUGUAACUGUGGCUAUAGAGCCUUUUUUUUUUUUUUUUUGCACACCGGCUUUAAUACCAUGACCAAAUAUUUCAGCAAAUUUUUAGAAAUUAAGUGUGUGAUAAUACUAUAAUGUCUGACAGUUAUCUUACAUUAUUUCCCCAUUUUUCUCACCAUUAUUUUUUAUCUGUCAAACUCAGAAUGAUUUAGGUUUAUCAUUGUUAGGAAAUGUGAUACAUUUGACAUGAAUCUCUCGUUACUCAUCUUUUCUGUUAUAGAUAUUUACACUUAGUUUAUUGUGGGUUUACAAAUUUAUGAUUUUUGUAGUGUCUUAAACUUGAAACACUGAUAGGUUUUGUUCAGGUUUGUUUUUCUAAUAUCUGUGAUAGCCUUGAAAUUUAAAUUUACGUGCAAAAUUCAUAUUCAUGACAACACUGUUAAUGCAUAUUUUCUUUAAAUUUUAUUAUUAAAAUUUCAAAUCAUCAAACAUAUACAUGCAAUUUUAGUUAAUUUCUUUGCCGUUAGA